CAGGUGCCUUCAGUUUAAUUUCUGUAAAGGGCCAGUACCUCACAUGUGUGCCUGCUGUGGAUUUAUUGAGAUUUAAGCAAUAAACUGAAUGGAGUGGGACAGGUGCAACCAAGACUUUGAGUGGACUGAAACAGAGUAUGCUGCAUUAGUUGGUGAAGACCAGCCACUGUGUUCAGAUCUCCCUGAACUUGACCUUUCUGAGCUUGAUGUAAAUGAUUUGGACACAGAAACUUUUCUGGGUGGACUCAAGUGGUACAGUGACCAAUCUGGAAUAAUUUCCAACCAAUAUGGGAAUGAAUCCUCUGACCUCUUCGAGAAGAUGGAUGAAGAAAAUGAGGCUAACUUGUUGGCUGCCUUAACGGAGACAUUGGACAGCAUCCCAAUAGAUGAGGAUGGACUGCCUUCAUUUGAUGCACUGACAGAUGGGGAUGUGACCAAUGUCAAUGAUCCCGGCCCUCCCUCAACGCCUGACGGCACCCCUCCGAAUCCGGAGGCUGAAGAGCCGUCUCUAUUAAAGAAGCUCUUGCUAGCUCCUGCCAAUUCACAGCUUAUCUACAAUGAACGCAAUGGAGGCAGCACCCACACCCACGUGACCAACAAUAACAGGAUUAGACCAAGCCCGGCUGUUGUCAAGGUGGAGUCAACGUCAAGUAUCAGGACAAGAAAUAUUUGGCAGCAGCAGAAGUUACAGGUUGAGCGCCGUCCAUGCACUGAAUUGCUCAAAUACCUGACUGCCAGUGAUUAUUCUCCUCAGUCCAAAAUAAAUGACAACAAAAUUAGCAAUAGAGCCAAAAGCAUCUCCAAAAGGAAGAUACAGCUGCAAUCACAGCAAUCACAUAACCUACAAAGUAAGACUCGACCAAUGACUCUGUCCCUGCCUUUGACACCAGAAUCAUCAAAUGAUCCUAAAGGUUCCCCAUUUGAGACCAAGACUAUUGAACGUACCCUGAGUGUCCAACUCCCUGGUACUGCUGGUCUAACACCACCAACGACUCCUCCGCAUAAAGCUAACCAAGAUAAUCCAUUUAAGACUGUGGUCAAAUGCAGGAUAUCUUGUAAUUCUUCAGUGCAUAGUCCACCACCAAAGAAAUCACGCUUAAAUGAUUCUGCCUCUAACUCUCAACUGAGCAGUCCUAUUAAGAAGGGCCCUGAACAGACUGAACUAUAUGCCCAGCUGAGUAAGACUUCAGCUUUAUGCAGUGCACUUAGUAUUACCAAAAACGAAGAAAGAAAGAUGCAACGAUCAAACGCAAGGCUUUUUGGUGACCAUGACUACUGUCAGUUCAUAAAUGCAAAGGCAGAAUUAUUAAAUAACAGAGUGUUCUGCAAGGAACGAGAACCUAAAAGUAGUAAACUCCAAAAUCACCCUGAAAGAGAACUCUUGUCAGGGCAGCACAAACAAAACUUUCUUUCUGCUAAUGAUAAACAAGAAAAUAAGAUGGAAAAUCAGCAACAGGAUACACAGCCUAUCAACUACUCUAAUACCAGGAUACAACUGAAAGACCAAGAAAUUCGAGCGGAACUAAACAAGCACUUUGGGCAUCCCAGUCAAGCCUUUUUUGAUGAAAUAGAAGAUAAAGCAAAUCAUCAAAGAGAAAAAGACUUUUGUCAUGAAUAUUAUUCAAAAUUGCCUACCUAUCUAAAUGCAGGAAUGUCUCUUGAUGGUGUAUUUGAUGAUAGUGAUGAUGAGACUGAAAAAUUUCUCUACCCGUGGGAUGGAACACCUGAUGGGUUAUUGUUAGAAAGAUCUUGUUCUCGAUCUCUGUCCAGUUCUCCCUGCAGUGAUUCUGUUUACUCACCAAAGACUUAUGCACCUUCUCAAGGAAUAGUCAGGACAAGGUCUAGAUCUAAUUCCUACCCCAGACGUAGAGCUUGUUCUCGCUCCCCAUAUUCUCAUUCCAGAUCAAGAUCACCAUACCAUAAAUCCUCUUCCAGAUCACAUCACUGCUUUGAUUCAGGGAGCGUUAGAGUACAACACAGAUCUCAUGGAAGUCCCUGCUCAUAUUCAAGGUCACGCUCCAGGUCACCUUACAGCCGCUUUAGUAGACCCAGGUAUGACAGCUAUGAGGAAUAUGAAAGUGAAAGGAUGAAAAGGGAAGAAUAUCGAAGAGACUAUGAGAAACGUGAAUUUGAAAGAGCAAAGCAAAGGGAGCGACAAAGGCAAAAGGCAAUUGAAGAACGUCGUGUUAUUUAUGUAGGAAAAGUCAGAGGUGAUAUAACCCGUACCGAACUGAAGAGACGCUUUGAAGUUUUUGGUGAAAUUGAAGAAUGCACUGUCCAUUUGCGUGAAGUUGGUGACAACUAUGCUUUCAUCACAUAUCGUUACACCUGUGAUGCAUUCGCUGCCCUUGAGAAUGGACACACUUUGCGAAGAUCCAAUGAGCCCCCUUUUGAAUUGUGCUUCGGUGGCGGCAGACAAUUCUACAUGUCUAACUAUGCAGAUCUAGACCCCAAUUCAGAUGACUUUGACCCUGCUUCAACUAAAAGCAAGUAUGAUUCAAUGGAUUUUGACACCUUGCUGAAAGAAGCCCAGCGAAGCCUGCGUAGGUAACAAAUACCAAAUGUGCUACUCGUGAAAGAAGCUGCAGAAUCUUGCAGGCAGCCUUUCAUUUACCAUCAAAGAACUUGCGUUAAUCAUCUUGGGAUCUUAUCCCUCUUUACACUCUGUAUAAAAGAAGUUUACAUGAACACAGUUGCUGCAGUGUAUGAGGAAACUUGAUAGAUAUUUAACAAAAAGAAAAUUGAAAUGUUCUGAUAAGUUAACACUUUUACACAUAUAUAAACAAUAACUUAACUGGUGGAAUAUGCAGCUUGUUCAGCAUUUUAUCUGACAUUUGGAUGUGGUGUUACAUUACUGAUGAGAGUUGGGAUUAAAUACCCUGGGGUGUUUCAAAUAUUUUAGUUACUAAAUGCUGAAAUGUAGUUACGAAUUUACUAAUGUUAAAAUGAGUUAUUUUUAUUUUGUGUAAAUAUAAUAAUGUUUUGUUUGUUACAGCUAUGCACUGUAAAUGCAGCCUUUCAAUAAUUAAAUCAAGAAUGUAACCACAAGUUAGACACUAGUGUACACUGUUAGAUUUAAAAUUUUGGAGAGGUGCAAAGCUGAAAUGGGUAAAAGUUGUCCGUGUGGCUGUCGAACACAUGGACCAAUGCUUAUUUCCCAUUAGGUAGCUUUACAAUAAACUUGCAACUGAACAACUUAGAAAAUGAAUCACGUCACCACUCCCAUGACUAUGUUUAAUCAUUAAAACUGAUUUAGUUUUUGUCCUUUACAUUGAAUUAAAUAUGAGUUACUAAAUCAGGAGAAAAAUAUGAGAAGUUUACUCAUGAUAACACAUGAUAACAUUGUCCCGUAAAUGCCAUCUAUUUUAAAGGAAAAUUAAAGACACUGAAGCCUAGAUAAAUAAACUUGUUGAAAACAGAUGAGACAAGAUUCCUGUGCAUUAUGUUAACACCAUCAUGCCCAACACCAACAUAUCCCAAUUACGCUAUUCAUUUAAACUAAUUUAGCUUCAGGCUCUAGCAGGUGGCAUUUUGUUUAUUUGACCAUUACUAAUUUGUAUUGAGAGAUUCUAAUAUUUGUCAUUGGAAAAUUGUCUUCAUAUAUUUGCUAAACUGAGUUCUCAACUUUGUAACUAAGAACUAAUAGCAAUAUAAAAGUUUUUGACUUAGUCAUUCAUUACCUGAGGUACCUCUAGUUUUUUUUUAAUCUCUGUUCAGACUAUUAUUAGAUCACAUUUCAGGUGUUUUAACUCAUUUUAUCACAUGAUGCCAAACUGAGGUUUACAUUUUCUUCCCUGGAUUUUGAAUAUUCUCCUCUAUUGUAAUAGCAAGGUUGUAAAAACAAAUACAAAAAAGCAAUAAAUGUUUAUUUUUAAAAAUCUAACUUUAGCAUAUCAUGUUUUGAAGUGGAGGGCAGGCGCAUUACCCAGCUUCUUUAAAUGCUUACUGUGUGUUAAAUUUCUGACCUUUUGCUACUACAGUAUUUCAUAGUUUUGCGUGUAGCAGUGGCUAACCUGAACAAAAUAAGUGAAAGUGUGCAUUUGUAGCUAAUGUUAGUUCAUGGCUAUUCUUUAUAACUUGGGUAAUGAUGUUUUGUCCUGUCUGGCAAACGUGAUGAGAAUUUUAAUGAUUGUAAAUUUGCUCUGUACAAUAAAUAGAAUAGCAAUGUAUUAUAUCAGUUAAUUAUUAUUAAUUUUAAUUUAAGUAAAUUCUGAGGACACUGUGCUUUUAGGUUUGUGGGUGAUGAUUUAUUAGUUGAUGGAACUGUACUGACUAGGAAAUGUGAGGAGGAACAUCCAUGUGAGCUUCCUUUGUCUGACACUUCUACCUGUAAAGUGUGGUUGAACCAUUGUACAGAAUUACUGUAAUUUUUUUUCUAAAUGUGCAGUUAUCAUCAACCUCACUGGACUAAUAAAGGGAAACAAUGUUUCAAA